AAUUUCAUAUUAUUUUCGGGAAUGCUUUGAUAAAAAUCUUUACUAAUUACAUAAUUAUAAAUUUUCAGAUCAAGUAACAGAUAAGAUUGUAAAUAUAUAUCUAGGCAUUGAAAGAAAUUAACAUUAAAAAUGACACAAUCACAACACGUACUACAAGAAUUAUAUGAAUCUUAUACAAAAGCUGCAGUUAAUAUAAUUUCUUAUUAUGAAAUGCCUGAGAGAAAGAACAAAUUAAAAGAAUUAAGAGACCUUGUGCAGAACAACUGUGUUCAAAAUAAAAAGUUAAAAUCGGCAGAAACUAUAAAAAACCGAUUAUUAGAUAUUUAUAAUGAUGAGGAUGAUGACAGUACAGAAAUUGAUAUCGAAUCUAUUAUACAACAAUAUAAACAAACCAUAUCGGAAAUUGAUAUAGAUGUAUCAAAUGAUGAUAAUCUUAUAGAAUUUGAUAAACAGGUAGAAGCAUUAUUAGAUAAAAUAGGAAAUGAAGCAAAUGAUGAGGAUGCAGAAAUGCAAUUAACAGGAGGUUAUAUAAAUGUAAUUGAUCCAAUUUCUAAAAAACGAAUUGUAGACCCUGUAAAAAAUACUCUAUGUGGGCACACUUAUGACCGUGACAGUAUUACACAGAUACUAAAAAUUAACAAGAAAACAAGGUGCCCUGUUGUAGGAUGUAAGAGUAAAGAGUUUGUAUUGCUAUCUCAUCUUCGUACAGAUAUUGUAACAAAAACAUAUCUUGAAAAAAAUCCUGCGUGAUCAUUGUUGAAUUUCAAAAUAAUAAUACAAGUUAACCACUUUUUAAUAUGUGUCAUAGUUAAAGCAUAUGUAAAAUGCAAAGGCACUUUUACACGUUAUUAAAGUAAAAAUAAAUAUUUAACAUGUGACAAGUCACACACCCAAAUACAACAUAUGUCAUGCAUUUGAACAUAACACAUGACAUCUUCUAACGUGCUUUACAUUGCAAGGAUAUUUUUCUGAUUAGAACGUUGCAGUAUGUUGGCCUUGCUCCAAAUACCUGCACUUAAGGGUUUAUUUUAAGUACAAGAGUACAAUUAAGAUGGUAUUAAUAUAUUGUGAUAUGUAUUAUAUAAGAACUUUCAUGUGGAUAUUAAAUAAAGAUACAUUUAUAAUGAUA